GCAACCCACCACAUGGGCAGUGACAGGAGCAGAGCAAUCAAAAACCGACCAGAAGACCUCAUGCAGGCAUGGAGGAAGAUCAAGCGGCCGACAUCAACCCAAUGACACCUGUAGACACAAUCAUACAAAGGAACAGCCAGUUGUGUACAAGUCAGGAAACUCCAUCCCCUUUGUUGCAUCUAAUCCCUUCUCAGAAAAUUCGUACACUCGGGACAAUUACAUGAAAGGGAACAAAACAUGCAAAACAGACAGGAUCGAGCAUUGUACGGUGACGGCGAAGGAUUUGAAGUCAGGAAUGAUCGUGGGGACGGAGACCAUGCUCCGGGGGAACGAGUCUUCAUGGAAGCUAGAGACACAGUGUGUUGAGAAACUGCUACAUCGGUUGAAGGACGAGAAGAACCUCAUAAUCGCAGAGGUUGUGCAUGAUGAUUGUGGCGCGGUUGACGUCAUAUUGCGGCGAAUGAACAUUGACUCACAAAAGUGGGUGUCCACGAGAAAAAAGGAUGAACUCGUUGAGAUGGUUAGGGGCGUGCUCUUCCCCGACGAAGCAGGGAAAGCGUUGCCAGAUGAUGUCGUCGAGAUCGACGCGUUGCAAACACUCCAUUGCAAUGCGGCGGAGGAGGCGAAGGAGUGGUUGUACGGCGCUUGCAGGCUGCGCGAACACGCAAAGGAUGACGAUGGCGAUGUGUUGGCCACGCAUGUGCAACACCUCGUCGAUCAUUGGGCCGGGGAUCACUCCUGUUGCGAUAAGGAGUUGUCCAACCUGUGCAAAGCGGCUGGGGGUCCGGACAGGGAUCCAUUGUACGAGGCGGGGGGGCGUGUUCAUUUCGCCAUUGCGAGCUUUUUUGGCAGCCCUCGGGUCGGAGAUUGGGCACGUAACAUGUUGCAGCAAUCGGACGUCGACGACCCAGUUAUUGAGCAUUAUGAUGAGGAAGUCGAUUCUGGACUCCCUGAUGCGGUGGAGGGUGUUGUGGCCAAAGGUGGUAAUGUUUUCGUUGAAGCGGGAAGCGAAAGUGCUUCAGAUGACGAAAAGGCAUCUUCCGACUCCGACACCGAUGGCGCCACUCACCGCCUCGACUUUGACGGCGCCGUUCUUUCGCAGGAGGUGUCCGUUGCGCAGAAGUGAUAGUGUCACGUACUACAUCGAUGUCCAUUGUCGUCGUCAUAAUCAUUAGAAUGUUAUGACCUCGAUUUGAACUGGUUGUGAGAACUGGUUGUGAGAACAGGUUGUGAGAACAGGUUGUGAGAACAGGUUGUGAGAACAGGUUGUAAUUUUGAACUGGUUGUGAUAAUUGGUUGUAAUUUUGAACUGGUUGUGAUAACUGGUUGUUCGAACUGGUUGUGAGAGUUGCUUUUCAUGUAUACUAAUUGUAUAUAUGUUUUAUAUACACUUUGUGAUAACCGAUCUAAAUAUAUAUAUAUAUAUAUAAAUACAUAUAUAUAAAUAUAUAUAUAUAAAAAAAAAAAAAUAUAUAUAUAUAUACAGAGAGAGAGAGAAAGAGAUAGACAGAUAUAUAUAUAUAUGUAUAUACAUAUAUAUAUAUAUGUAUAUACAUAUAUAUAUAUAUGUAUAUACAUAUAUAUAUAUGUAUAUAUAUAUAUAUAGAAAGAGAGAGAGAGAGAAAUAUCAUAUGUAGAUAUGUGCCCAUGUGGCAAAAUUGAUAAAUGCAAAACAAUACG